AUGGCUUUUCUCGCGCAGCUGGGAGCGUUGGCUGACGACCUCGUGAGCGCCAUCGUCGGCAUCCCAGAGGACCAGACCACCCAACGCGAUGCUUGUCGCGAUUUUGUGCUGCGCUCUCUGCGCCACCACAACUUUGGUCGCACGAACCAGUUUGAGGUCCAAGACCGUUUGAACGGCCUAGAGGAACGCUUCUCCAUAGUUGGCCGCGAUGCUCUAGCCGAUGCCCUGCGCACCCGGUUAGAUGCCCUCGAGCCGCAUCAAAACCAGUUCACCCCUGAGCUCCUCCAUCUCCUUCUCGAGCUUGCCGACCAGCCCGCUCAGAAAGCGCGUCUCAGUGAUCUUGGUGGUCUUGAUAAACCAAAGAAGGAGGAGGCGCCUCCACUAACCUGGCGCCAGAUCGCUAAGGAAGAUAACUGGAAGGACGAUCCGGAAAUCUGGCGUUUCAUCAGCUACCGCGAAGACUCGAGCGAUGACGACCGGUCGCGCGCUGACCAGCCGGCUGAUAGCCAGUCGGUAAUAUCACUCGAGUCCCUGACCACUGCGACUACUGAAGACGAAAGUUGUCGCCUGACCCCGGAGGACCUGGUCGUUGAACCAGAUGGUGCCGACCUUCUACGACAGAUUCAAAAGGCCCAGUCAUGGAGAAACAUGCCUGCGCUUGACGCAGAAGGACCACCGAAGAAGACGCCGAUCUCCACGAUUCAUCUGCUUCGAGAAGCUCUCUUCAUGCUGUCCGGGCUUGAAACAACCCUCUUUGAUCAGGAUUGCGCUCCAGCACUCGACUAUCAGUUGCAUGGGGUCGCGUGGACCACCUACAAAGCGCUUGCCACCUCCUUCUCGGAGUGUGGCCGGAAGCUUAUCCCCCUACGCUCUUUUAUUAAAACAAAAGAACAGUCUCCCCUCCUGCAGGUAUUCCAGGACUCCGCACAAAAGGCUCUGGCUUCCUUUGACAGAACGCUGUCCUCGAUUCAGGAGCGUUUCGUUUCCAUUCAAGCUGACACGAUUGUCAGUGCCAUGAGCGUUUUGGAGGAAGUGUCAAAAGCAGUGGUUCCACUCCAUGCCCUCUCUGGCAUUGUGCGCCAGUUGGGUGAGGAACGGAACCCACACGCCUUCCGCUAUCUCGAGCUACUCUACGAUUCCGUGGAGCUUGCCCAACUGCAAGGUCAGAUGGACACAUAUAAGCUUCUUGGGCGCGCUUUUUUUGACUGCUUUCAGGUCUAUCUUCGGCCGAUCCGACUCUGGAUGGAGGAGGGGAGGGUCUUGCCGGGUGAUCGGACAUUCUUCGUCUCAGAGUCGCCCACAAAGUUGCCUCUGUCGCAGGUCUGGAAGGGUCAAUUUAACCUGCGCCAGACACCCGACGGUGCCUUGCACGCACCCCGUUUCUUGAAAUUCGCUCUUCAUCGCAUCUUCACGGCUGGUAAGAGCAUUGUCGUGUUGAAGCAUAUGAAGCGGCAUGAACCAGUUACGAAAUAUGGCGUGAGCGCGGCCGAGCCGAAGAUGGAUUUCGAGACUGUUUGUCCGCCCGAGCUCGAGUUUGCGCCAUUUAGUGAACUGUUUAACACAGCUUUUCAAAAUUGGAUUGAGAGCAAGCACCACACAGCAGCCGUUACGCUUCGCGAGCUGCUUUUUACCUCUUAUGGUCUCUCCGAAGAGCUCAGGGCCCUUCAACAUGUCUAUUUCAUGUCGAACUACUCUGUUGUUAACGACUUUACUUCAUCUAUUUUCCGACAUAUCGAUACCGUUAACGACAGCUGGCAGGACCGCUUCGCUCUCACAGAGCUCGCGCAGGAUGCUCUAUCUUCAUGCAUUAUCCGCGAACGGCUAUCCGCAGAAAUAGACCUACGAAUCCUGGCCGACCAUGUCUCUGCUCCACGCAACUCAGUCCGCUUUUUCUUGCCUGCGAUCCGUCUUCGCUAUCGCCUGCCUUGGCCCGUGCAGAUCGUCGUCCCUGAAGACAGCAUCCGUGCUUACCAAACGGUUUUCACUUACCAACUCCAACUUCACCGUGCCUUGUCUGCUCUUCAUCAACCUAUCUUUACAUUCCGUAAGCCCAGUCCUGCCAAGGAACAGCGUCUGUACUAUCGCCUACACACUCAUCUCCUCUGGUUCACCAAUACGCUCUUGACCUACCUAACGACAUUUGUUCUAGCCCCCAACACGGCGCAGCUCACCACCGCCCUUGAUGCUGCAGAAGAUAUCGACGAGAUGGUGGCCGCGCACGGGGCGUUUGUAUCGCGUAUUUUGGCAGAGUCGGGUCUCACGCCGGCGAUGGCGCCCAUCCGCGAGGCGAUCCUAGACGUGUUGGAUCUGGCAAUCCGUGUGGAGGGGGUCCACCAUAAGGAGGCAGAGAGAUGGGAAAGAGAGAAGAGUGAAAGGGAGCGUUUAGAGGUUAUGGCUUCGCCUUAUACGUCGCCUGAGAAGAAGAGGAGAUUGCUUGCUUUGCCGCCGAGAAGGGCCCGGAGAAGUAGAGGCAUUUCAGUUAGUGAGGAGGACUGGGAUGACCAGACCGAUGAGGUGGGGAGAGCGGAGGAGGGGAAGUCGUAUGGGGCGAUGUUGAGGGAUUCUCAGAAAGAGUUCGAGAGGUUAUUGAGGUUUGUAGCGGCUGCACUGAGGGGAACAGCCAGGGCUAGCAAGGAUGAAGCGGCUUCUAAGUGGGAUAUGCUGGCUGAGAUGCUGGAAGCAGGCAUUAAGGAAAGCAUGCACGGUUAA